GGGCAGUGGGAGCGGUGUUCUUGCGGGUGUACGGUGCUUCGCGUAGAUGUUUCUCCAUCGCUGAGCGCUCGAGCAGAUGUGGACGGGAAGGGAGGGAGCCCCUGGGAGGAGGCCGCGAGGUGAGGGGACGCCGGGACGCCCUUGCCGGGCUGGUGGGACAGUCGCGGCUGAGUUCCCAGAGCCGCAGGGCGACGAGGCCUGAGUGGAGUCCUGCUUAUCUGUGAAAUGCAGCUAAUGCACCAGCUGGACCUGUUUCCCGAAUGCAGGGUGACCCUUUUGUUGUUUAAAGAUGUAAAAAAUGCUGGAGACCUGAGAAAAAAGGCCAUGGAAGGCACCAUUGAUGGUUCACUGAUAAAUCCUACAGUGAUUGUCGAUCCAUUUCAGAUACUUGUGGCAGCAAACAAAGCCGUUCACCUCUACAAACUGGGAAAAAUGAAGACAAGAACACUGUCUACGGAAAUUAUUUUCAACCUCUCCCCAAACAACAAUAUUUCAGAAGCUUUGAAAAAAUUUGGUAUCUCAGGAAAUGAUACUUCAAUUCUAAUUGUUUACGUUGAAGAGAGAGAAAAACAAAUAAAUCAAGAAGACCUAAUAUCUCAAGUGGAAGGGCAGCAGGUUUCUCUGGAAAAGCUUCCUGAAAUAACAAAUAUUACAGAAGUCAAAAAGAUAUAUAAACUGUCCUCACAAGAAGAAAGUAUUGGGACAUUAUUAGAUGGUAUCAUUUGUAGAAUGUCAACAAAAGAUGUUUUGUGACAUGUCAGAAAUAUCAACAGAAAUUUUCAGCAUUAAAGACAACACUGAUUUUCCUGAUUAUAAAAUUAAUGUAUAUUAAUUGUAUAAAAUUUUAAAACAGAAUGGUAUAAAAAGAAAAGAAAGGCUACUCCUAUUUGUUCUUCUUUUAAAAGAUACUCACUGUUGUUAUUGCUUGUUAUUGCCUGCUAGCCUUCCAGUUUUCUAUUCAGAUAUAUUUUAUUUUUAUAAUUGGAAUAAAAACUGCAGCUACCUGUUGAAUGGC